AUGGCAUCGACGGCAAGCAGCAGCAAGACAUCGGCAUCGCAAGCGAUAGAGUGGCUCGCACAACAGAGGAGACGACCGGACAGGCAGUCGGCCAAAGUUGUCGAGUACGGCACUCUGGUACUCGAGGGCGGCCAUGUCAAGGCGCUCAAGGACGAUGUUUGGGCCUUUCUAGAGCAGGUCGGCAUCGCUGCGCUCGAUCUUGGCAAGUUCGAUCUGGCCCAACUCUGCGUGGCUAGGCUCAAUACGAGGUUUCCUGACUCAGCAAGAGUGACAGCUAUGCAGGGAAUGCUCCUCGAGGCGCGCGGCGAGGCGAGCAAGGCACUCAAGCUCUACGAAGACGUCCUGGCACAGGACAAGACAAACCUGACGAUCGUCAAACGCCAGAUCGCCGUGCUCAAGUCAUUGGAUCGGCAAAAGGCUAUCGAGGCCCUUGUCGCCUACCUCGACACGUACUACGCCGACCCGGAAGGUUGGCAGGAGAUGGCAGCAUUGUACUCGGAAUUGCAGAUGCACCAACAAGCCGCUUUCACACUUGAGGAGCUUCUCGUCAUUGUCCCACACAACUCCUUCUUCGUGUUGCAGUACGCAGAGACACUUUACACGCUAGCCAGGCUGCCUGAAGCCUACAAGGCUUACCUCCGCGUCCUUGAAAUGUGCGGCGUCGAUGUCUCUUCCACGGGCGGGCAGGGCGGACUCAAGUCUGGGCCCUGGGUCCGAGCCCUGUGGGGCCUAAAGCUGCUGCAGGAGGCACCGUCAUCGGCAGUAGUGGCAGCGUCGGCGGCAGGAAGCUUAGAGGUCAAGGUCGAGCAGGCCGAUGCCAUCGAUCGCCUCGUCACGGACCUGCUCCUUAAUACGGCAUACCAUGGAUCAAGCUUGGGAGCCAAGUCGACACGCGAGGCCGCAAGAAAAAUCAUGUAA